AUGGCACAUAUUUCUUCAGAAAUUCAAGAUGGACCUCCUAAAGAUGAAUCCACUGGUUCAGAAACCUCCAUUAGAUCUUAUUGGUAUGAUUAUACACCUGGGGACUCAGUUUUGAGAUCUAUGAGUGAAGAAUGUGCUUUUCAGGCUUUGUCUGAGGAUCUUGUGAUCAAAAGGCCACACUACACAUAUUCUGUCUCUGAAACAGAUGAUGUGAAUGAUUUUCUUUCACUCACAUUUCCACGAAAGCUUUGGAAUAUAGUUGAAAGUGAUCAGUUUGAGUCUAUUUGGUGGGAUGAGACAGGCACAUGUAGAGUGAUCAGUGAAGAACUCUUUAGGAAAGAAGUCUUGGAAAGAAAGGAGCCUUUCAGAAUAUUUGAAACCAAGAGCACGAAAAGUUUAAUUCGACAGCUUAAUCUUUAUGGAUUUAAUAAAAACCGACAAACCGUUCAAAGAUCGGCUUCACUACCUGUCUUUCUGGAAGAAGAAAACAACAUCUCUCUUUUGCGU